AUAGUGUGCACGUAGUCCUAUAUAAUAUGAUCAAACAGCUGCAUCUUCAGGCAACUAAUGCUCAAACCUCUCGACGGACCGUUUUUCUCCCAGAUUACCAAAUUUUUCAGCUCUGCAUCUUUUCCUAGACCAUCAAAUCUAUUUCCUCAGAUCACUGCCAAAUCAUCUACAAACUUUCCAUUCUCAUAUGAUCAACUCUCCUCAUCGCCCAUGAACUCACCCUCUGGUUAUUCAAAUCUUUUCUCAAAUGGACACAAUCCAGGACACAAUUACGGACAAUUUAGUCGAUCACCGGUCAACAACGAUCAAUCAUCUUUUCCUGGUUCAAUGAAUAUUAACAGGCAAAUGAUUAAUCGUCGUCACUUUUCACCUUCAUGGGAAGAAAGUUUUGCUUCAUCAUCAAUGCUUGAACCAAUUGUUGCACCUGAUAGACGUUCAUCCAAUGGACCAGUUACCUUUGAAUCUCGCGGACCAAAACCUUACUUUUCAAUUGAAUUGGGUAAAGAUGGCUGGAGCUCAUCAGUACCAUUAAAUGGACAUUUUCACAGUUCACAAAAAAAUGAACAAGCAAAAUACAACUCUGAUCCAAAACAUAAUCUUUACUAUAUUCAACCUACUCAUCACCAUGACCACCAAAAACGAUCAUCUCGACGCAAGCGAUCAUUGCGUUUAACCAAACCUGAAUAUCGAUACUCAAUGCCACAUUCAAAUCCUUCGUAUUCACUUUUUCUUCGACUCUUUAACAAUAUAAGACCAAAUUCAUUGACUUUUCUCACUAAUCCAAAUAAAUUAGUCUUUGGAGGUCCUGGAGGUGGACACAAUUUUGCAUCAGCUUCAACCUUAGGAGCAACUUAUUUAUCACCCAGAUUUGCUCCUUCUUUACCCAAUUUCAGCCAAUCACCUUAUUUAGGGACAACAUUACGACCCGUCUUCACUCGACAAUAUGAUACCUCUGGAUAUGGUCACUUACCCUUUGCCUCUGUAAACUCACCAGCCUUUUCACCAUUCACUUCAGGAACUUCUUUGGGCUUAGGUCCACACCAUUCUCAUUAUGGUUUAAAUCUUGAUUCACCUUUUUCAUCAAGCUCUUUGUCAUAUGAAGAAGACCUUAAACAUCGUUUAUUGGCACAACCUAAAUUCCUACAAACAUAUGAUCGACCAAACCUAAAGUCGUCCUCUGGCUUUUAUGAAAAUACCGAUUUCAAUCCAUUAUCAAUUGAUCUAAAUGAACUAAACGAGUAUGAAUCGCCACCAAUUUAUGAAGCUUAUUCCAAAAAGAAUAGCAAAGAAUAUGAUUCAAAUAAAGAAUAUUAUUACCGACCAGUAUCAUUAACUAAAGGAAACUCAAAACGUCCACCAAAACGUGAAAAAGUUCCAGGUCAUCUUCAACAUAGUUCAUCUAUUGAACCACAACAUUCAUCACGCCACCAUUCAAUUGAUGAUACAUCUUACUCUGAUGCAUCCCAUUCAUCUUCAUCAAGUCCCUCUGUUCACAUGGACGAUGAAGCCUAUUACAAAGGUGAUCCAAAUCCAAACUCUUAUGAACAUGGGCCAGAAGGACCAGCGUAUAUGGACAAAGAAAGAGAACCCGAGAUUUAUGAAGAUGUAGGUCCAAGUCCUGCUAGAGAUCCUGGUAGAGGACCUGAAGGUAAUGUCGAUGAUCGUGAUCGAUCUCAUGAUGGUUAUGUAAACAAUCCUCACCAUCAAUCCAGCUAUGAUUAUCAUUCAGAUGGUAAAAAGUAUGAUCAUUAUACUAGCAUUGAUCAUUACCCUGAAGAUGGUUACGAUGAAGGUUCCAGUUCAGGUUCAAUGGUCAGAGGACAUCAUGAUGCAUCUAUUGACUAUGGCGCUUUAGUACCUCCAUAUGCCAAAGAUUUACCCUCUGAUCCAGAUUCAAAGUCAAUGGGUGGUGUCAACUAUUCAACAAUUUCCCAAGUAUAUCGACCCUCUCUUCAAGUUCACCAACAUCGAAUCCAUCAUGUAACUUCUUCACCAGCUCAAGAAUAUUCAGGGUCCAACUAUUAUACUCCAAAUGAACAGCACUAUGUUAAACAUGAAACUGGUGGCAAUUAUGAGUCAAUGAAUGGAAAAGAUUCUUCACCUUAUCAAAAUGGUAACAUUAAUCAUAAUGAUGCCAAUACAUACUCCAACGGGCCUUCUAUGAAUCAACCAAUUACCAAUCAAAACAACAACAACAACUUUAAACUUGAAGUGAUUGAAGAUGAUUACGACAAUUCACCUCAAUUGCCUGUUCGUUCAAACAAAGAUGCCACCAAAGUCAAAGCGGAAUCUCAAAACAAUGAGGAACAAUCAAAAAAUUAUGGUUACUCUCCACAAUCAAACAUUAAAUAUCCAUAUGAUUACGAAAAUACAAAGAUUUUCAUCAACCAUGGCGGCGGUGAUCACGGUCGUCCAUAUAUUGGUGAAGCUGCCUACAAUGAAUAUCCUGAUUCUGGUUAUGGUGAUUCAGAUUAUGCCAAUGGAAAAAAUUACUAUCCUGAACCUGAACAAGUAAACACUCCAACGACUAAUCAAAACAUCAACAACAACAAUAAUAAUGAUAACACUAAUAAUAAAAAUAACGCAAAUAAUAAUGAUGACAAUAAAAGUGGUGGCAACAAAAAUGACAAAGAACGGGAUAAAGUUGGACAGAAGAAGAUAUCUCCGUACGAUAAAAAAUACCAUUACAAUAAGCCUACCAUAACUAAAAUAACCAAAGAAAUGAAGACUUCAACUCCAACAAUGACAGAGAAACCUUCAUCCGGACAAGCUCCUUCAUCUUCAUAUCAUUCACAUCAUCAAGAUUCAUACCUCUGAUCAACCU